ACACAGCAGAAGCUGCACUUUCCUGCUAGUGGGAAGUGUGGAGACAGGGCCCUUGUUUCACCGAUGGGACUAUGCUGUCCUGCAGAUGUAUGCUGGUCUUUCUGGUCUGCACUCUGUCACAGAUUUGUGCUGAGCUCUGCCGAAGCCCGUGUGUCUGCUCUUGGAUUCCUCUAAGAUGUCCUCCUGGUGUCCCUCUUAUUACUGAUGGCUGUGGUUGCUGCAAGAUAUGUGCACGUCGGAUUGGUGAACAUUGUAAUCAGAAGUACCUCUGUGACCACACACAGGAGCUGACCUGUGAUUAUUCCACCAGCAGUAAUGGAAGAGGAGGAACGUGUAACUAUAAUGACAAUGGCAGCUGUGACGUCAACGGAAAGGUUUAUGAAGAUGGAGAGACAUUUCAGCCAAGCUGUAAACUCCAGUGUAAGUGUGUAGAUAGUGGGGUUACAUGUAUCCCACUAUGCAGUGAGGACGUCAUGCUCCCCACACCAGAGUGUCCUUUUCCCCGACGUGUGGACAUCCCUGGGAAGUGCUGCCAAGAGUGGACAUGUGAUGUACAGCAACAAUACAGGAUCUCUAAUGACAUAGACCAAGGACUGCCUGGCAGUGCACUAUUUAGCUGUCCCGAGUGGAGCACAGAAUGGGGAGACUGUUCUGCUCGCUGUGGUAUGGGAGUCUCUAUAAAAGUGACUAACCAGAACCAACACUGUAGACUGGAGCAACAGAGUCGCCUGUGUAUGGUGAGACCUUGUAGAGGCAGACCAGUCAGCACAGAUGGAGCAUUGUGUAUCCCUACACUACUAUCACAUCCAAUCAGACUGGAGAUUCCUGACUGUAUCAGCAUCAACAGCUUUCAUCUCAGGUUUUGUGGAUCCUGUGGUGUGAGGAACUGUAUCCCGAAUCGAACUGUAAAUGAGAUGAUUGAUUUUCAGUGCAGUGCGGGAUUAAUUAGGAAACUGAUGAUGUUCAUUGUUUCUUGUGUCUGUUACUAGAAACUUGCUCCUAAAGUCUCCUAUGCCUUGCAGAAUGGACAAUGGGCGAGUUCCCUGAUCAUAUUUACAUAUAUAUGGAAAUAAACCUGGAGCAGAUGAAAGGGCCACUCAAAAAGGUUACCUGGCUUCUGUAUCAGAUUGGCCCCUCAGUUGUAUCUUAAUCUGUUUAUAUCAGUGUCAAUAAUAAUAAUGAUAGGAAUAUUCAGUUGCAGGUUUUAUUGCAUAGAAUGAACAUAAAAUAAUAGUACAAAUUGCAUCCAUACAACACUGCAUGCAGAUAAAAUGAUUACAUCAUAGAAUGUUGAUGCCUCUUGAUACUGCUGAAUAAUAACCUAUAAUAAAGGAAAGACAGCAGCAGAAAGUCAGUUUCAUUGGGUAAAUACAGUAUCACCUGCUUUUUGCCCUAGUAUUAGUUAUGCCACAGUUACAAUGUAAUAGUAUCAGUUAAAAUGUGACAAAUAAAUUGAAAGCAUAUUGUAUUGCAAUUAAAACAACUGAUAAUGAACAUCAGUGAUUGUGCUGUCAACAGUGUAACCACUUCAAAUAAAGGCAAUGUCAUUCCUUAUUGCCAA